AUGAUUUUUCCACACAGCGACCAUGACAAGGAGGACUACUACUGCGUCCAUGACAAGGAGGACUACUACAGCGACCAUGACAAGGAGGACUACUACAGCGACCAUGACAAGGAGGACUACUACUGCGACCAUGACAAGGAGGACUACUACAGCGACCAUGACAAGGAGGACUACUACUGCGACCAUGACAAGGAGGACUACUACUGCGACCAUGACAAGGAGGACUACUACAGCGACCAUGACAAGGAGGACUACUACUGCGACCAUGACAAGGAGGACUACUACAGCGACCAUGACAAGGAGGACUACUACUGCGACCAUGACAAGGAGGACUACUACUGCGACCAUGACAAGGAGGACUACUACAGCGACCAUGACAAGGAGGACUACUACUGCGACCAUGACAAGGAGGACUACUACUGCGACCAUGACAAGGAGGACUACUACUGCGACCAUGACAAGGAGGACUACUACUGCGACCAUGACAAGGAGGACUACUACUGCGACCAUGACAAGGAGGACUACUACAGCGACCAUGACAACGAGGACUACUACAGCGACCAUGACAAGGAGGACUACUACUGCGUCCAUGACAAGGAGGACUACUACUGCGACCAUGACAAGGAGGACUACUACUGCGUCCAUGACAAGGAGGACUACUACUGCGACCAUGACAAGAAGGACUACUACUGCGACCAUGACAACGAGGACUACUACAGCGACCAUGACAAGGAGGACUACUACUGCGACCAUGACAAGGAGGACUACUACUGCGACCAUGACAAGGAGGACUACUACUGCGACCAUGACAAGGAGGACUACUACUGCGACCAUGACAAGGAGGACUACUACUGCGACCAUGACAAGGAGGACUACUACUGCGACCAUGACAAGGAGGACUACUACUGCGACCAUGACAAGGAGGACUACUACUGCGACCAUGACAAGGAGGACUACUACAGCGACCAUGACAUGAGGACUACUACAGCGACCAUGACAAGGAGGACUACUACUGCGACCAUGACAAGGAGGACUACUACUGCGACCAUGACAAGAAGGACUACUACUAGCGACCAUGACAAGGAGGACUACUACUGCGACCAUGACAAGGAGGACUACUACUGCGACCAUGACAAGGAGGACUACUACUGCGACCAUGACAAGGAGGACUACUACUGCGACCAUGACAAGGAGGACUACUACUGCGACCAUGACAAGGAGGACUACUACUGCGACCAUGACUACUACUGCGACCAUGACAAGAAGGACUACUACAGCGACCAUGACAAGGAGGACUACUACUGCGACCAUGACAAGGAGGACUACUACUGCGACCAUGACAAGGAGGACUACUACUGCGACCAUGACAAGAAGGACUACUACUCAAAGGGCAAGAGUCAAGACACUUAA